GAUGGCGAUGUUGCGAUUUAUCCUAAAUAAUUUUUUUCAAAAGCGAGUAACUAUUAUUAUCUUUAUUUAUUAUAAAUAAUACGAUUCGUCUGAAUUUAAUCAACACAACAAUACUUUGAAAGCGGCAUGCCUUGUAUUAUUUAUAACAAGUAAUUAUUAACUUUUUAAAAACUUUUUAACCAUUGUAAUAAUUUCAUACCUUCAUCGAAGUUAGUUACGUACCGGCCAAUAGGGUAAAAUAAUAACACUAUACAAAAUAUACUUAUAAGUUAUAAGUUAUAUGACGAUUACUGUUCAAUGUUCAUUAAAUUAGGUACCCACAUGAAGUAAUAGUAUACAUUUAUAACUUAACAAAUAUCUUUACGUAUUAAUAGGUAUUCAAUAUUAUGUAAUUUGUUAUCUUUAGGUUUGUGGCAAAAAUAGUUUUUUUUCAAAACAAUUUUAUAUUUUAUAAUUGGAAACUUUUCUGUAGACACCGCCAUCAUAAUUGAUUAGUGUCGGCUUACCUAAUGUUGUAUGAACAGGUAAACUCUACGCACUCGUAUAGUGAAAAAGCGAUACGGUAAUUCCGAUAAGGAAGAGCAUAUUUUUCAAUCGUACCCAAAUGUACAUAAAUAUCUGACAGUUUCCAUCGCGGGAAAAUAAUAUAUCAGUUACGAUAGAUAUACACGCGUCUCGUCCGUGACACGGGUACUUUGUGUGGAUAAUAUAUGUUUUCCUCCCUAACCUAGGAAAAACACCCUGUGGUCCUGUAAUAUGCGUAAAAUGUCUGACCAAAAUACUACUACAUACGUAUAAAUUGUAUUAAGGUAAUAUUUCACAUGUACCAAGUAACACAAUAUUGGAGCUGCAUACCUACCUUGUUUUCCUACCUUCGUCAUGCAGGGUAAUAAGACGGAUAAUGGAAAUAUUUUGAGUUGAAACAAUAUUGAUUAAACGUAUAUAUAAUACUUGUGUAGAGUACGAAUAUUUUCGUUUUUCAUACCUAUGUUCAAAGUCCAUUAAUCGCUUUAAUAAUUCGUUAUUCGUACUUACUACUUGAUAUGGCUAAAGGUGCGUUUACAUUAGAGCCCGAACACGAACGAACGCAAGCGAAUGCUACCGAACGAACCAAUGUAAACGGUUGGCCGAACGCGAACGAACGCCUUCGUUCGCGUUCGGCAACGUUCGCCCCAAGAGCGGUACGAUCAAAGAAACCCUCCGUUCAGUUUAAACGGCAUUCGGCCCGUAUCUCGUAUUCGUGACUUCCGUCCGAACGGUCAAUUAAAAAAGUGUGAAUUUUGUUUUUUUAUUUCAUUUUUGUUGUGGUUUUAAUUAUUUUACUGACUCUUAAUUAUGGAGUGGAAUGACGAAAUAUGCUUACAAUUAAUACACUUAUAUAAAUCAAGACCUAUCCUUUGGGAUCCGACUGAUCCUCAAUAUAAAAUGGUCAAGAAAAAAUUGGAUUUUUGGACGGAAAUAAGCAAGGAACUUAAGCUUGAUGUCAACGAAGUAAAAAAAAAGAUGGACAGCCUUUUAGCUUCUUUCCGAAGAGAGAGGCAACGUGAAGGCAGCAGUGGACGUUCAGGAGCUGGGACAGAUGAGGUUUAUCAUUCAAAAUGGUUUGCGUUUGAGGAAAUGAAAUUUUUGAAUGAUAAAUUUAAACCUCGGAUUACCAAAGAUACUGUUGAUCCGACUGCCACGCACACUGAAACCUGUAACCCAGAUGAAGCUGUUGAAAUUGUGGAAGAUGAGAUUGAGCAUGCCACAGAUGAAGAACUGCCGCAAAAAGAUAAAGUUUUUGUUUCACCCCGAAAAAUAACAGGCUUGAAAAGAAAAAAAAAUGCGGAAGACCCUAGGAUAGCAGAAACCUAUGAAAUAAUAAAAGAAAUUUCAAAUAAAAGGCAAACACCGAAAAUUAAGAGAGACAGUACUAUUUUCGGGGAGUAUGUUGCCAGUAAGCUAGAUUUAUUCGAUCAACAAACGAAGACAAUACUACAACAUCAAAUAAGUAGUCUUAUUUGCUCCACUGAAAUCAAUUAUCUUCAUAACAACAAAUCUGGAAACCAACCUUAUCAACUCAAUAUUAAUAAUCAGCCUUCAGCCAAUUCAAUGUCAUUUUCAUCUCCACUUUCAUCGCCAAGUUCAUCUCUUCACUCAAUGUCUAAUAUUUCACCACAGUCACCAUAUUAUCCUUCUUCAGUGCAGGCAGUGCAGCAGCCUUAUCAUCAAGAUAAUAUGUCCAACUUCUCAAGUAUAUACGACUAUCAAUAUCCGCCAACCCCUACUACAUCAGCUUAUGCCAAUGCGUCAGAAACUAUUCCAACUGAUGACCUAAACACUAGAUCAAAUAAUAUAUAAUACAGUUUAAUAUUUACAUACAAUAUUUAAGUUUUUUUUAAAUUUUUUUUUUUACUAUACAUAAAAGGUUAUAUUUAUUUUUUAUUUAUUUUUUUAUUAUAUUGUUCAAUUGCUUAUACUUUCAACGUUAUAACUAUGUUUAUAUUAUUGUUAUUUAAAAAGGUUAUAUUUUUUU